AAUGCUGACUAAAUUUUGGUCCAAACUUUCAAAGCACAAAUACUUUUUUGUUGAACAUUUUGAUAAAAUUUAUAUGAUUUUGUGACUUUUAUUAGAAAAUAAAUAAUUUAAAGUCAUUCUAUUAUAAUGUUUGAGUUUCAUGCAAUGUUUUAUAUCCGAGCCACAUCUGUUAUUAGACCAUAGACCAUCCAUAUAUAAUUCAGUUCGGAUUUAAUGAUGAAAACUUAUUAAUUAAAAAUCUGAUAAAAACUCCACAACCUGCUAUUAACCCGCGAUAUGAUAUCGGCUGAUCCGAUAAAACUCCAAAAUUGAUAGUGAUAUUUUAAUAUGAAGAGCUAACUUAACAAAUUAAGGACGAGUUUCAAAAAAGAAAAAGAAAAGAAAAAGAAAAAGAGGAAGUGUGGAUAUCAAACAUGCACGUCAUUGCCUAUGUCCCUCACGUGUAUAUAUAAAGUCCUCCAGGGAUUUGUGAAACCACUACUUAUAAACCUUUCCCUCAUCCUGUUACGUAUAAAUUUUACAAUAAUUUUGUUAGAUAAUUUUAAUAUCAAUCUUUGGUCCAUGGAGGAUUCGUCCAAAGGGUUGACAAAAGGUGCAUGGACGGCUGAAGAAGAUAGUCUCUUGAGGCGAUGCAUUGAUAAGUAUGGAGAAGGCAAAUGGCAUCAAGUUCCUUUAAGAGCUGGGCUUAAUAGGUGUAGGAAGAGUUGUAGACUAAGAUGGCUGAACUAUUUGAAGCCAACUAUCAAGAGAGGAAAACUUAGCUCUGAUGAAGUUGAUCUUCUUCUCCGUCUUCAUAAGCUUUUAGGAAACAGGUGGUCUUUAAUUGCUGGUAGACUACCCGGCCGGACCGCUAAUGAUAUCAAGAAUUACUGGAACACCCAUCUGAGCAAGAAACAUGAACCAUGUUGUAAGACCAAGAUGAAGAAGAGAAACGUUACAUUCUCUUCUACCACACCCGCCCAAAAAAUCGACGUUUUCAAACCUCGACCUCGACUCUUCACCGUUAACAAUGGCUGCAGCCAUCUCCAUGGCCUGCCAGAAGUUGACGUUGUUCCUCCAUGCCUUGGACUCAACAACAUUAAUAAUGUCUGUGAAAAUAGUAUGACAUAUUGUAACAAAGCUGGGGAGAAGUAUGAACUUUUUAGUAAUUUAAUGGAUGGAGAGAAUAUGUGGUGGGAGAGUUUGCUAGAGGAGAGCAAACAGCCUGACGGGCUCGUUCCAAAAGGUACGGCAACAAAAAUGGGGGCAACCUUUGCGUUUGACGUUGAGCAACUUUGGAAUAUGUUGGAUGGAGAGACUGUAGAACUUGAUUAGUGUUUCUAUUAUUUGUUUGUGAUCUGUGUGUUACUUUUGCAUUUAGUGUGGAGUUGUUUUCAAAUAAAACAAUUAAUGUUCUGUA